GCUGAAAAUGUUUUAAGUUUCAAUUGAAAUGCAUUCAUUCUAAACUAAAUUUGCUAUUUGAAGCAAUACACUGCUUUGUAAGGGCAUCUGAUAAAGUUGAAGUAAAAUUUUGACUGGCAAAUAUUGAUUAACGUAAAUUUACACUUAACUCAAUUCCUGUCUGAUUCCGGGUGUUAGAAAAUGUGCUUAAAGUUUAAGCGUAAAAUGUGAGAAGUUUCUUAGUUGAUGCACAGAAUAAAGAUGUAAUAUAUCUUUUUUCUGCGUUUGAUGAUUAGGACUUGUGUGUUUGGUGAUCUUUUAAUAACUAACUAAAUAACAUAAAUCGCACGCUGCCUGGUGAAAACAAACGACCGAUUGGCAACUGUCAAAAAAUCAAGAACUGGAUAUGAUUCAAAAUAAACGAAGAUCUUCCUGCUUCACAAACAUUGUGUUUGCUGUAACGCUUUGUGCUUUAGCGUAUUUCACAACUGAUAAUGGUAAAUAAAUAGACCUGAGCUGGUAAAGAAAUUUCCGACAUAAAAAGAAAACCAUUCGUGUAAGAUAAAACUGAUACAUUUGUUAUCAGUUUAUCCUUCAGUGUUAAUGAUUAUAUAAAACAUAUUGGUUCUAAACAAGGCAUUGAUUCCAUAAAGUUCGUCGUGCCUUCGCAGCGCUCCCAUCAAAACCCAAUCUUCUGCUUUUAAAACUUUAGUUCAAGAUUUUUUUACGAGUUGUCCCUUGGCAAGCAAAGUCUUUAGUGAAACAGGCGCAAGUUCCAUACUCCUGAAGAAAAUUGCCGUCGCCUAACACCAAAAGCGAUUUGCUCAUAAAAGAGAAAUUAAAGGGCUGAACAUGCACUUUGCGGGUCACAGAAUGUAACCAUUCUUUUGACGUAUUACAUAUUCUACAGGAUUUAUCGUCGAUGAUUAUGCAUCAGUAUUCGGCGGUUUAUAGCAACAUCUUCAUCUUAAUUUCGUAUGGAUAAUCCAAUGAAGCAAACAUGAUCUUGCCGCCAAAAUCCAAAUCUUCUUAAACAUGGCAUCACUUUAUAAAAGAUUAACUUUGUGAAAAUACAUGUGGAAUGUUAACGUACAGAAAGAGUUGAAACAGUUUUGGGCCGAGGCAUAAAAUCAGAACACAAACUCCUGAUAUUUAGGUUUGAAUCGAAAGAUUGGUUGUUUUUCUCAUCAAUUGUUCAUUGAUCAUGUGACGUAAGCAGUUGAUUCGCCCCAGGACUUUUUGCAAGCAUCAGAGUGCCAUGUAUCCUUGCUUUCGUGACCGGAACUGUUGUUACCUCUCAGGGGCGGCGCCAGGCUAUGAUUCUAUGAGGCACUCGAUAUACUAGCAGUACAUUAAAAGAAGGCAGGGCGAGAUGUUGUCGGAGGACCUACAAUCCUUGCCAAAAAUAACUGAAACGCCUUCCCAUUGCCGCAUGCAGAUAAACAAAGCAAGUCUAAAACUACCUUACCAAAAUAUCACUGCCGCUUCAAAAAUUUCGAUCCCCUCCCCCCCUUACAAUGUUGAUUUAUUUUCUCAAUACUUUCAUACAGCUUCCAGUGAAAAAAUUUUUAUCUUCAGCGUCAAAACAGCCGAAUUGAAAAAUAUUGUAAUGGGGGGUAGGGGGGGAUUUUUCAAAAAAAGCUUCAGCUUUGCACAAGUGUUCCAACAAUUUUGGCAAGGAUUGUAGGUAUUUCCAAAAUAAAAUAAGAUAACUCUCGGUAUAUCUAAAAGAAGAAGCUUUCCUGCGAACGGAGCGAGCAAAAAACGGUUCCAACCACGCCCUUUACAUUAGCUUAAAACACAUUUCAGAAUAUUUCUGCAGUUAUUUUCUUGCAAACGUAAGCCAUGCUUAUAUUAGGUUUGAUUUAUUCCAGUCUUAAAAUGGAAUUCACUACUUUAUGAGGCCUCGUAUGAUAAUAGAUCUGAAGCCCCCAGCCCCCCUCUGGCACCGCCAAUGCCUCUGGAACUAUGAUUUGCACACCCUUUUUGAAAAAUCUCAAAACACAUCAAAAGAAACUGAUAAAUAUGGUGUAGCUUUGCAAUGUGGUUGCCCUGAGAAAUACGCUGGAAAGCUUGUACCCAUUGUGAUCCAUUUGAAAAAACUGCCUAGGUUAACCUAUACAUGUAAAAUAUAACCACAUUUAAGAGCAUAUAGAGAGAACUUCGAUGCACACUGAAACAAAAACUAGGCAGGAACGUAACAGCCACGGUAUGAAAGGGAUCCAUGCCCAUGUAUUUGGGAAGAAACUACUGGGUACCAGACCGUGAUGUAGCCAUGGGUGUGGGUAUUGUGGGGCAUAUGCUCCCUACAUUUGCCCUUUUUUCAAAACCUUUUGCCUGCAUGAUUGCGAUGCCAGUAUUACGAAGCAAUUUGUAGAUACCCUUUAAAAUUGUAGCACGAGUUAAGAGUUAACGGUACAUCCCAAAAAGUUUCCUCAAAUCUCCCAAGGGGCACACCUUUUAUCUCUUUACAAUUUUUUAUGGACUUUAUAUAAUUUAAGGGCAACAAGAUCAUAGAUUUACAACAAGACUACAGGCAAGAAUGCAAGAUAGAGAAAUUUUCUGAAUAAAAACAUGUCUAUCAACACUGGGAAGUAAUGAAUUUGAUUUAGGCAUGAUUUAGGACAUGAUAUGUAUCAAAGAAUGUUUUUCCUUGACAAAUACAUAAAUUAACAAAAGCCGUAAUUACAUAACGGUCAAAGAAUCAUUUCUUUGGCACGACUACCUCCAUUUCUGAGAAUCAACAAUGCGACUCACUCUUUGUAAAUUUCGUGCUAACCUCACGAUGAUGUUUAAUCGCCAAAAUCUCUCAAUUUUUCCACUAUUAUUAGCUUUCAAAACGUUCUGUUGUCAAGCUGAAUAAACGGGACCAAACCACAAAUAUUUCAAUGUCUUAUAGAAUCAAUUUCAAGAACAAACUCGAUGUUUGAAUGUCAACAAAGAGUAUAUAUCCAUCAACGUAAACAGGACAUAUUGUCGCCGCCAUGUUUGUCUCUAUAGUAUCUUCACCUCAUCCUGUCAGUGUCAUUAAAACUCCAAAAAUGACAUAAACUUUUUCUAAUGUCUAUGGGACAAGAGCAAAACUCUUUGCACCGGCUCAAGUCGAUUGUCAAGCAACUAUCAGUGGUGGGUUGGUCUUCAUAAUCUUCCAUAAUCAGGGAACCCCUCACUUCCCAAUUACCCGGGACCUAACUUGGCCAAUAGGUUUGGGGGGGGGGGUGAAAAAGAUUUCUGCCCUGCGAAAAUGAGUGGUACCCUGCAGACCUUGUAGCAAAGGUUUGUCUCUAGGUUACUAGCGAAAGCUUUACCAGUGUACAUUUGCAUUUGUCUGCAAUAAAAACAAACUUGAAGCUUCAUUACCUAUGAAAUAUCUAUUUCUCUACAUGAGCGUAAAUUAAAUCUCAAAUUUGAUUUUCCUUUGUAAUAAAGUAUCUCAUGGCAUAUGAUUUUUGGUACAUGAUAUGGACGGGGGCGACGAAAUUGAGCCUGGGGGCUAAGAAUCAAAUUUGGUGAGGUAGGAGGACCCACGGUGGUUUGGUCCGACGUGAAAGAAAAUUUUUGAAAUUAUAUGACUUUAAAUUGAUUUUAAAUGGGCUAAAAAGCAUCUCCCAGACUAAAAUUUAGCAAAAUACUAUGCUGCUAAAAAACUGAUUACUGUUUAUUUGGAAAAAUAGAAAGGGGGAAUGUCAUGCUAAAACUUAAGUAACCUUUCGUCUCCGAUUGCACAUAGUUGUGAAUGACAGAGGAAGAUGUUCUUUUGAUUAGGAGAAUAUUAUUUUCUGAACAGAAAUGUGCAGUUUCUUGUCUUGAGAAGGCCAUGUUUACACACCCAAAAUAAAGACAUUAUAUUAUACAGAAAUUAUACAGAAAGUGAUUUGCUGAAUUAAUGCAAAUAAUAGACAAAUAAUAGAAACAUACGUGAAUAAGUUGGUAAUUAGAUCAAACAAAAUCGGCAUCUUAACAGUUUAUUCUCUUUCUAUUUCAUACACUGUUGUAAAAAGUAAUAGAAAAAUGAUAAAAAAGUUCUUAUCUUCACAAAAGUGGGACCUUCAGCCCCCUAGCCCUCCCCCUCAGUGGCACCGUGCCUGUCAUGAUAAUAAUUUACAACUUAAAUUAUUUUGUGUGGACUCAGCCUUGCCCUUAUAAACAUAUGCAUCAAUCAUCAUUGCAUCCAUUGGUUAUGACUUUCGGUAAGAAAUGCUUUCGAUUUGCUAGUAACGGAGCUCUUCCUGACAUGAACUCAGUGAUUCGAUUGGCUAAGACCAAGCUACUUGCACAAUUGAUUGGUCUAGAAUUAGCUAAAAACCCCUUGAAGCAUAAUAAAACAUGUACGGACACAGUGCCUUGGCCAGUAUACUCUUUUCUUUGUUGGUCCGCCAGAGAAGUCGAAGAACCGCAUUCUCUUUUAAAGGUCGGCAGUCUGAGCCAACUCGUAAUUUGUCAAAUGAUUGAUACGGAAUUUUAUAAAAAACGCUGGCAUUUGGGCUGUUUAGGUACUUGCUCCGAGGCAUUCAGUCCACAGGACAACGUUUGAAUCUAAUAUAUCCGAACCAUUUUCGCCGGACGAAAAUACUCCGCUUUGAGUAUGGUACGGGCGCUUUCGCUCCGGAAUUAUUGAGUGUCUGAAUUUGCUCAGUGCUGCCUCUGUAUAGAACAUAUGUUACGAAGCAUAGAGCGUAGCAUCUUCAUGUGAACAGAAUUCAAAACUGUUUAAUGUCCAGUUUAAGGGUGUGAAUAGUCGUGAAAUUCGUAUCGGAAUUGGUCAGUGGAUUCGAUACUCAAAGAUCCCGGUGUAGUGGUUGCAGGGCCUAAGGCUACGGGGGAGGCACUUAGCAUACAAAACUCGUUGUGAUGGAGACAGACUGUUUGUUUUACAUGUCGAUCUUUAGAAAUCACUGGAUUUCAUAUCAAAAUAAGUCAUUAAUCUCGAUUAUUUAAACAAAUGCCAGAAUUCAGUCUGGCCAUGACGCGAUCUAACUCUUUUGUUUGUUCUUAGUAAGAUAUGUGAGUUAAUUGGAUUUUCGUUUAUUUAUUUGUAGAAUGUCAAAAUGCAUAAAGAUUUUUGUCUGAUACGACAUAAGCAAAUGUAUAACAGCGCCUUGUUUUAACAACACAAAAAUUAAGAUUAUGAUGGCUAAAAUCAUCAUCAUCAUCAUCAUGUUUCUCUAUCAGGUGCAUUUGUACCCUAAAUAAUGACUGACGAUCAUGGAAAUAUUUUGAAUUAUCGCAAGAUUCAUUUAAUACUUUCUGCGCCAAUGGCAUCGGGAUUAUCUAUUCGUUUCUACAUCGGAAAAAGAACGAAAAUAAUCGAUAUUUAUUUUGGCACAGGCAAGGUAACUGUGGCAUUUGCGAUUGCUCUAAAAAUAAGAAUCUGACGUUGGGUUUUGAGGGAAAGUCAAAUAGAACAAAUGCUAUGAUGCAAUCAUUUGAUGUACCUAAUGAAAAGCUUUUCCUUCGCACCUUCCGUUAAAAAAGAUGAGAAAAUAGAUUUAGAAACAUUCGAUUAUUUUUAACACAUUUUUGGUAUGUUUUUCUCAGAUUCAAGCAUUUGGAUUAUAUUGUUGGUUAACUGUUGGACCUUUUUUCCAUAUUUUGUUAUAUUCAGCAUGUUUACAUUCUGUUUCUCGGACAGGAAUAUAUCAUUAAGGAAAAUUUUAAAAAGUAAGGUUCCUUACAUGGAUCCGUGUGGAACCCCUGUAGGCAGAAGGUGCGUAUCCAUGAUUAUGUCAAUUCGAUCUCAUGUCAAUGUUGCAGAAUUUUAAUGAACGCAAAGAGCAGCGUCAUGUUGAAAAAGCACAGCGACGACUGUGAUUAGAACGGACAAAAUUUUUGAAACUACCAGAAAUACUGUGUACAGAUUUGUCGUACUAGACAUCAGCCUGGAAAGCAAGCUUUAAUAAUGAUUCAAAGAGAUUUGAAGCGUUGAAAGGAUGACAAGCCUUGCUAGUGUCGUAUCUGACUUGGCUAAAUUAGGGGUAAUCACAACAAUAUUACGUACACACUCAACCUCAUGGGUAGAAAACCUUUCAAGCUAUCCCUACAUCAGACGACCUGCUUUCACUGAAACUUUUUAUGUUUUCAAAAAAUAAUCCAUUUGACUGUGAAUUUCAAGACUAAUUGUGAUUGCUUCCAUGUAACGUAGCAACAUUGCUAGCUGCACGUUAAUAGACGGUUUUGUGUAGCUGAAAGGACAUUAAAUUGGAUACAAAAUGGAAUUAGCCCCCCGCGAUCAUGUUCUAUGAAACAGAUUUCCAAUAAAAUGACGUAAGCGUCCAUCAAAUGAAAAAUACAGACUCUUAAAAGUUUAGAGAAAUUAUAAUUUUAAUUAUCUUACUUUUAGAAUAUUUCAAUCGAACAAGCGUGCGAAACUUGCAAGAACCAUCCCGUAAAAUAAGAGAGGCAACUCCGUAAACGCUUUUCAUUGAACUCUUUUUAGCGGUUAGAAAAAAGUUCCAGACGAAAGAUUCUCACCCGCCAAUAAAGUUGAACAUUAAACUAUGGUCAAUUUUUAUUUUGAGAAAAUUUCAAAGUUUGUUCUUUCCCGUUGUCAAUUGUUAUAGUUGAAGUAACCAUUGGGUGAACUGCAAUUAAAUCCGUACCCUUGGCAACAUUCUUGUAUUACAGUUAAUGACUCGAUGGAAGUCAGUAUUUUUCACGUUUUUAGAGAUAAAAAUUCAAUACAGGCGGGUACUUUUGAAUUCAUUGCCUUUUAAACAACAAAUUAAAAGAAAUUAAACAUCAUAAUUUUGCCUUGAUUACUUCGAUCAUUCGAUUGAAGGUUUGGAUCAGGCAAAUCAAUUGAUCUUUGAAGUCGGUUAGGCCAAAAAAGAGACCGGAUAUCUAAUGUUUACAUCAAAGUCCCCGAUUUACUCGGCUGACAAAAAUCCAUAACGCUUUUCUAUAUUUACAUUUAUUACAGACUUCCCAAGAUAAUACAAGCCCAUACAUUCUUGACUUAACUUUUAUAAACAAGCUUUUAAAGGCCUGGUACUUGGUAGCACUGUAACGUUCCCAAAGUCACUCCUUGGAUAGGAUAUUGAAGGAUGUUUUGAAAAUCGCUCUUUUAUUACGAACUUUGUCUUUAGAGACACGAGGGUCUCAUUUCAGACGUUUUAUGGUUUCCAAAUUACCAUUCUUUAACUCCAUCAUCAUAAUACUGUACGCUGACACAGAGAGGGAUCACUGACUGGAAAAAGAUUGGCAAAUGCCACUGUACGUCAUGUAUGAAUGCCAAAUCCACGUGACCGGAGACUCUCUGUUUCUAUUUAGAGAGAAUCUCCCCACAAAUUGCGACGCUCAGUCCUGUAUUGAAAGAUCCUGAUAGCAAGAUUGAUUUUGAAAUGGUCUUUAUGGAUGGUUGGUGCGUUUUCAAAUCAGAUAAGCAUCAGAAUCAUUAUCUCAUUAGGCAAUGACGCUGAAUGCUAAAGGGCGACCACACUAUAGCAAACGCACGACAAUUCUUGACUUCACGACCAAGCACAGGUUAUACAAACACGCAACAAGGUAUCAAGGUUGACGGAUGAAAAGCCUCGAGCAUAUAUGAUGCAAAGUAACACGAUUUAGUAUUCUACGACAAUUUAGCAAUCUGCAGUCUCACUACUCAAAAGAAAAUCUGCAGCACGCUGGACAUUUUUAUGUUCUUUGGAAUCAGGCAAUUGAGAGAACAAAAUAUUCAUAUUUUUGAAAAAAAUCCAUCUUCAUGGAACUAAUCCUCUACAGUAUGGCAAACGCAACAACGUUCUUUUUAGCCAACGAAAACUCUUCCACCGUCUUGCCUCCAUACAAUUAUACAGUUGGGACCACUAAUGGGACUUUCUCUCACAGUGUGUUAUGGUCGACAGUGACACCCUCAGGUCCAAGCAGAAGUCUACCUGCACCUACAGAUCCUUACGUUAAGCUGGCUCUGUACAUCUUGAUGGGUUUAGUUGCAGUUGUGGGAAUUAUCGGAAAUGUUUGUGUGUGCUUCAUAGUUAUUCGAGGAAAGAAAAUGUACACAAUAGCCAAUCUCUUUUUGAUGAACCUCGCCUUGGCAGACAUAUUCGUUUUGUCAAUCUGUUACCCGUUAUCAAUCAUUCGAAAUGAAAUGAGCUGGCCGUUUGGAGAAGUGCUUUGUAAGAUACUGCCAUCGCUGUCUGAUAGUUUUUAUGGUGUUUCAAUGGGUUGUAUAACAGCCAUAGCCAUUUAUAGAUACCGGAUGAUUCUGCAUUCAAUGACAACACAUAUGUCCUUUACACAUGCAAAAAUAACGUUGGUAAUCAUAUGGGUUUUGGCUCUGUGUGUCAUUUCUGUUCCACUGUGCUGGAUAUUGAAACUUAAAACUUACAGAAUACCAGUUUUUGUGCCAAGUGCUGAAUCGGCGAGCAACGCCCUUAACAUUUCAUAUUACCCAAAACCAAACAGCUCAUUCUUGGACACACAAGAUUUUCCUGUCAAUUUUGGUCUUAACAGUUCGGCAAACCCUCAGGGAUACUUGGCAAACACGACUGACAAGAACCAGUCGACUUCAGCCAACCCACGUCAAAGGUACAUCACAAUCCGCAAAUGCACUUCUCAAUGGCCGCCGCGGUUUCGCAAGAUCUACCAGAUUGUGCAAAUAUCUUGGUAUGUAUUGCCACUUUCAGUUAUUCUGUUUACUUAUCUCCGAAUCAGAACAUACUUGAAAAAAACACUUCGCUAUGAAUGGACAAAGACCGGUGAGAACAGCACGCCACAGAGCGGCCUUACGAACCGCGUCAUUGGCAUAAAACGCGCGUUGACUCUUCUUGCGCCGGUCGUCGUGACUUUCGCCGUAUUGAUGUUCCCAUGGAAUCUGCUUCGAUUUCUGUCUCUGGUGAUGAAUCUGUCUGAAAUUGAGCACAUAUACACAUACCUUGACAUUGCAGCUGCAAUGAUGAUUGCCAAUUCUUGUAGCAACCCUUUUAUAUACUACAUAAUGUCGAAGGAUUUUCGAGAUGAGUUUCGACGGCAUUUUCGCCAAUUUACCAAGUGCUAUAAAUCAGGGCGUGACAGCGCAACUAGCGGUCGUCGCCUUUUAAGAUCCGUGUCAUCGUUUAAGACUCGCGAAGAAACCAUUGCAGCUGAUGAAGUGAAGACAGAGCGAAACAGUCUCGUAAAGCGCACAAGCAAUGCAGACAACGUUUUCAACAGUUCCUGGGAGAAGUACGCUGUGCGUCAGGUCGAUUCGCCUUUUCCGACAUGGCAUGAGAAGCCAAGUGCGACAAGCAAAGAACCUGAAGCCCCGAAUGAAUCCGCGAAGCUUCUUGAAUCAGAACCGGUUUAUGAUCCAGAUAGGGAAACGAUCAUAUGAGAUCGGAACAUUGUUCUUGAGAAAGAAACACAAAGCUGACAGUAGAUACCAUUGAGAAGGAAACCGACGAGACGCUGACAGCAAGAAGGAAAAUCAGUACAUUGUUUGGGGCCACAGUAUUCUUCUUGCAUUAUACAUGCAUAAACUAUAUCGAAAGUAGAUCUAGUUUAAAGUUUUAAUGCAUGUGGCAUAGUUUUUAGAGUCGUCAGAAUAGAAUGUCUUUAAAUUUAGAUGAAUCUUAUCAAAAGCCAUUUACGUAUUUGAUUAUGUUCCCAAGUGUUGAUCAAAGACAAGCCCCAUGUCUUUGGAGAUUUACAUGACCUUUUGGAAUAAUUCAAACUGUUUGCUUUAUCCAAAGAAACUUCAUGAAAAUUUGAAGCAAAUACCACCAAUUAAAAUACUAAAGAACGAUUCUAAAGUAUGCCUGCCUAAAGGGCUAGUUAUGAAAGUUUUCUGGAGGGCCCCUGGCCCCAAUUGGACAUCUCCCUAGUAAUAACUACCUUAUGCUCUUUGUCAAAGAGCAGAUAUUAUCUAUACCACUUUAUAUCUAGAUAUUAAAGUAGGAUUGUCAGACGGAAGUCACCCUUUCAAUACUACUAUUCUAACUUAACAUACCAUCAAAAUUUCAUACCAACAGGCUUGACAAAAGACCCAGCUACUCAUUCUAUGGAGGCUUGACAACAGAUCAACUGCUCAUGUUCUUCCCAAGGGACUACAGAAGCAGGGGUGCCUUGGGGGCUUGGCCCCCUUAAUAAUCUCCAGAAUGUACAAGAAAACAAAACCAUACAAAAGAUUGCUUUGCCCAUGGGUUUAAAGACUGCUUACCUCCCAAAACGUUUUAGCCUCCUAAUUCUGUAAUAUGCUCUUGGGUCCUUGUUCUUCACUGCUCAUUGAAAGAGUUCUUUGAAACUAUUACACCAUAAGUACCACAAAUGGCUUAUGAAUAUAAAAAUUAAUUUUAUAUACCUUGUAGCAAUGUAGCAUUUUGUUAUUCAGCAUGAUUACAGUGUACUUUUUUAACACUUCUAAUAUUAUUCUAUAAUAUAGUCCACCAUGGAAAAAUGCUUAAUUUGUUUAUGGAAAAUUUUUCCUCAUGUGAAUGAUGCUUGAAAGUGAUGCUAAAUUAAACACAAAAAUAUCAAUAAUAAGUCAAUUCGCAAAAUAUAAAGUUGCCAGAGAAGUUAUCAGAAGUAAGAUCUUUGUUAUUUUUCCUUUUAUAUUCAAAAGAUCUUUUGCCAAGACUGAUAAAACUUGAUAAGUAUAGUGACAAUACUUUUUAACUGAUAGCUCAAGACUGAUAGUAUAUUUGCCAGAAACCAUUCACAAACAUGUUCUGGAAAUUGAUACUUUCAAGUGCUGGGUCUGCAUGUAAGUAACAAAAUUUUAAGAAAAAAAAAUUCUUUUUAGCAUAAAUUGAAAUACUUGGGAGGCAAUUAGCCACUGGUAUAUAAACGCUUAUAUUCCUUUAAAACCAAGCUCAAAGACUUUUAACAAGCACCGC